AUGAGUGGAGUUCGGAAACGUCGUACUUCCGCCCGCAAAGAGGACGAUUCGAGCUCCUCUUCCGGGAUCAACACCUCUCCAAAGCCGAAGAAAAGGUAAGAGCUUGCUCAAAAUUAUGUAAUUUUGUGAAUUUUAGGUGCGAAAUCGUUUUAUUGUGCUGUAAAAAAUCGGAAAGAGAGAUAAUUGACAAUUUUUAGCAUCUCCGAGACUCAUCCGGAUCAGCCAAUUCAUGUUGCCCAAGACUCUUUGUUCAGUUCCAGCUCUGGAUGGACAAAUUACCAAGGAUUUUUCAAUCUCGCAGUACUUCUUCUGGUCGGUAGAAGAUUUGGGCAGCUUGUUUUCCGCAAAUUUUCUUUGUUUUGUGCCCAAAAUCUCGGACGAACCUUCUUUUAGAUCUAAAAUAAUAUAGCUUUUAGCAAACUACGGCUUUUCGGCCUGAAAAUCAUCCGCAAAUAAGCAUAAAGCUGUGUUUAAAACCUAGAAAUCACCUAUAUGUUGUUCUCCUUGCAUCUUUAAUUAUAUUAUUUUAGGUGGUAUCCAAUGGUCGAGUUGCUCUAGAAAACCUGAUAAAAUAUGGAAUUCUCAUCAACCCCUUAGGCUGGGUAGAACUCGCUCCACUCACACCAUGGCACUGGCCGAACAUCACAAUUAUGAUCGGAACGAACAUCUCCAUCAUCUUAUCCUUGCUGGUCGAGAAGUUCAUGGCCGCAGGCUACGGCGGCUUCAAAUUUGCCAGUGUAUUCUACACCAUUUUGCUCAUUGCUCACUUUACGGUCCCCGCCAUAAUCUCCACCCAGAUCGGGUCAAAUCCACUUUUCAAUUCCUGGGCCUUAACUUUGGUGGUAGUGGAAGGUCUAAAGUUGGUCUCAUAUGGCCAGGUAAAUCACUGGUGUCGAGAGGCGUAUCGUGCGGAAAAGGUGGUAAGUGUCUUGAAGAUUUUUCGUUCGAAGUUUAGAAUCGAUUAGUGGAAGGAUCUCUGAGAAAUUUCGAUUUUUCAGAAGAAACCCUCGGAUUCUAUCUAUUGUUAUCCAAAUAAUUUGACGCUACGCAAUAUCUAUUACUUUAUGGCCGCUCCCACGUUGUGCUAUGAGCUCCGAUUUCCUCGGACACCCACCAGAAGAAAAAGGUUCCUCAUCAAACGGGUGGUUGAGGUAUGCCAAACUCGGUCAAGUAUAACAUAAAAAUUUCUUUUAGUUCAUCACUUUUUCCUGUCUAAUCGUCGCAUUGUGCCAACAAUGGGUUAUCCCACUCGUCAAGAAUAGUAUCGAGCCUUUUUCGGAGAUGGAUUUCAAGCGGUGCUUGGAAAGAGUCCUGAAAUUGGCCAUUCCGAAUCAUUUGAUCUGGCUUCUCGGUUUCUACACCAUGUUCCACUCCGGAAUGAACCUACUGGCCGAGCUUCUUCGGUUUGGCGACCGAGAGUUCUAUUUGUAAGGGAUUUUUAUAGUAUUCAUGUCAAAUUUUUAGAGAUUUUUGGAAUGCUGAGACGAUCUCGUACUUCUGGCGAACUUGGAACAUGCCAGUCCAUCGGUGGUGCCUCAGGCAUGUAUACAAGCCGAUAGUUAGCAAUGGAUUCUCCAAAGUCUCGGCUUCAAUUGUCGUUUUCUUGAUCUCCGCUUUCUUCCACGAAUACUUGGUAAGGGAAUUUUUUUUGGGUGAGACAGUGCCUAGAGUUUACUAAUGUGCGAUUAAUGGUUUGGGACAUUUUUGGAAAUGCAAAAUCCUUUAAAUUUUCCGAAAUUUUUGAGAAUCAGUUGUCUCCCUAUCUUUCAUAGACUAUUCUCAAUAACCUCGUUUAAUUUAGGUGUCGGUUCCGCUCCAUAUGUUCCGUCUUUGGGCUUUUAACGGCAUGCUCGCCCAGAUCCCGCUCUCAAUUUUAACUGAUCGAUUCCUCAAAGGCGGCCGAGCCGGCAACAUUAUCGUAUGGCUUUCGUUGAUCCUGGGCCAGCCCAUGGCCAUCCUGAUGUAUGUCCACGACUGGUAUCUGAUCAAUCAUCCCGGCCAUGUCUCGGUUCCCAUCAACGUCACCAUCCCUCACAUUUGA